AACAAAAGAAAAAAAAUAUGCCUGUGAUUGUCAAUCCAAAUGAAAGGAUUACAUCAGCAGCUCUCGGUUCUCCACUCACCAUCCCAUGUAGAGUUUUUAUUGGAGCAAAUGACCACUCUGAUUUUGAUGUCUGGUGGCUGGCUAACAACAGUUAUAUACAAAACAUGUACCCAGACAGAAGAAUUAAGGAAGGAGAAACUGGGAAAUUUGUAGAAAAUAACAACAGAUCUAUUGAGGUGCCAUUGAUCUUUGACUCUAUCACAGAAGAUGAUUUUCAUACUGAUUUCAGAUGUGUGGCACAAAAUGGUGGUGGGAAUUGUGUACAAACAGUGACAGUCAAGGAAAAAAAGAAAGACCGCCAGUUGUCUUGGUACUUGGCAGUUACUCCUGUGGCCCUGGCUGUUCUCAUCAUAGGAGGAGUUUACUUAAAUAAAUACUGGAAGCAAAGAUCUACCAAGGGAUACAUUGUGGCCAACUCCUAAUGAAUAUACUUUUAUUUCUUGUACUUUUUUAUU